AUGGAUCGCGACUCGAUGAGCGACGGGUACCAACCUGAGACGCACGAAUUGUGUCUUUCGAUGGCCAACAAAGACGAUGAGACCAUUUUCUCGCACAUUUUAAAGCAAUUUACUGGGAUAGCUCAAGACUAUAAUACAAUGUUUAAAGAAAAGAUGGAAAUUGUUGACUCGCACGUGAAAGAAAUCGAAGCGUUGAAAGCGGAGAUUGAAAAAGCCAAAGACGAUUUGAUGCUCAAAAAGAUUAAGAACUGUGACUUACAAUUGCAAAUAGAAAAUGAUAAGAAGAAGGAAGAAGAACGGGAGAUGGACGUCUUAGACUUCUUACGAGACUUUUCUAAGCACUCUUCGGAAUACAAAAAAGAGACGAACGAGGAGAAGCAGAAAGUUUCGGUGAAACUCUCAAAAUCACUGCCCGAGGAGGUGUUUGAAUUCGCGAAGAAAAAAUCGAUGAAGUACAAAGAGAAGGAAAAAGCAAAGAAAGAAGAGAAGAAGGAAGAGAAGAAGUUUUCUGGAUAUUUCUCACCGAAGUUGGAGAAGUCCCAUCUCUUCCCACAUAUCUUCUUCGACGAACAUAGACUCUCAAGAAGAAUGUCACACUCAUUUAAGUCAUAUAAAGAAAAAAAAUCCGAACAACAACAAGAGGAGAAAGAUCAAGAGAAAGAGAAGGAAAUGACGUUCACGUGUGUGCGGUCAUUAACUCCAAAUAUUCGACCAAAUAUCAAAUUGUAA